AUGUACCUAGAUGUUUUUAUUGUUAAUAUUAAUACCAUUGGACGCAGAUUCCACACUUCUCGUGGACUGCACUUAAAUGGCCUUGGGAAGCAACUUGUUACAUUAAAGCUAAUGGAAAUUAUUAAGAGACUGCAACACCUACCAACAUCAUCAGCAGGGGUACCUGUAUCAUCACCACAGAAAGUAUCUCCAGGAAUGACUAAUGCAGAAUCAGAUACAGAAACAGAAAAUGCAGCAGAAGUACCUAAAGCAGCAAUACUAACAGCAGUAGAAUCAACAGCAGCAUCAGAAGAACCACCAUCAGUGACAGCAGAAGUAGCUCCUCCAGCAACAACACCAUCUCCUUCACCAGCAGCAGCAGAAGAAACACCAUCAGCAACGGCAGAAGCAGCUCCUCCAGCAGUAGAACCAGUUCCUAUAGCAGCAGCACCAUCUCCCACACCAGUAGUAGCAGAACCAACUGCUUUACCAGUAAUAGCAGGAAGAAUUCCUCCACCACCAGCAACUAGACCAACUUCUCCACCAGUAGAAACAGAACCAGCUCCUCCUCCAUCAUCUUCAGGGUUAGCAGAAAAGAAUAGACCAGUCACAGUAAGUAAAGUGUCAUCUUUGUCUCAUGAUGAAGUGUACCAAAUGAUUUGGGAAAACAUGUUCGUAUAA